AUGUCGAGGAUUAUUUUCCGUUCUAUACAUACCUCGAGAAUAUUAUUGCAUGAUGCAAGAAUCAAACUAACAUUUUUCUCAAAACCCAAUUGUGGAUUAUGCGAUCAAGCAAAGGAAGUGGUAGAUGAUGUUUUUGAAAGAAAAGAGUUUCAUGAUAAGGGAAUUUUGCUUGAGAUAGUCAAUAUAAAUGAUCGAAGAAACGCAAAAUGGUGGAAGGAAUACUGCUUCGAUAUCCCGGUACUUCAUAUUGAAAAAGUGGAUGACCCUAGAUCUUGCACAAAAAUUCUGCAUUUUCUUGAAGAGGAAGAUAUUAGUAACAAAAUAAGAAGACUGCAAUCCAAAUGA